GCAUCCACUGGACUAGUGGCGGCGGUGAGGGCGGCAGCUGCGGCAGCUUCUUCCUGGGCCGAGGCGGGAGGGAGGCGGGCAAAGCUGGAAAGCGGUGAGAGAGAGAGAGAAAGAGAAGCAGCCGGGCUAGAAGAAGGGGAAAAAGGCUCGGUGAGGAAACAUCCACCGGGAGAGAGAACCUGCCCAUCCAUCGCACUCCAGGGAUGGCGGCGAUGGAGACGGAGCGAGAUGAGACCCUGAAAGCCAAAACAUAAAUAGAAAGAAGGGAGAGACAGAGAGAAAAAGAAGAGAGAGGGCAGAGAGAGAAAUUGCCCACGAGGAUCAUGCAUCCGGAGAAAUGAAGAGAAUGAAAGUUUUUUGCUGCAGAGCCCUUGUGUGCUUUUCUGGCACCCAAUUCUCGGGCAGUCCUUAAGCCCCUUUUUGCCUUUGCCUGGCGUUGACAUUCAGAGGCAUGUUCGGCGGUGCCGGCCGCAUCUCUUCUUCCUUCUCCUCUUCCUCUUCAUCUUCCUCCUCCUCUUCCUCCUCCUCCUUCUCCUUUUCCUCCACCCACCAUCAGCAAGAAGACACACCGAGGACAGUCUUGAAAUACCGAAAUCUCCUCCUUGGGAUUUGCCAGCGCCGCGUUGCGCCAAGACUGUGGGAAUAAAGGACGCUGACUAUUGUAUUAUUCUUGCAUGAAUUUGUCAGUGGGAAGAUUCCAGAUGCGGGCAGGGGGACGCCUGUCACCCUUCCUGCGCUAAAGAUUGAAAAAUGAGGCUGGAUGGGGCGGGGGGAAACCCUCAAAUGAGGCAGCGAGAAUAAGAAUAUUUUUUUUAAUUUUUCCCCCUUAAAGGACAGAAAGCCACCACAGACAGCCCCCGUCCCUCCCCAUAGCGCACACUUUGAUUUGCUUGUUGUGUUUUGGUGUUGCCUUUAUUUUUAUUUUUUUAUUUUUUGCCAUUUUAAUUUAAUUUUAUUUUUUUCUUCCCUUCCUGUGCCGGUUGGGGGAGGAAGUAAGUGGUCGGGUGGCUGACGGGCUGCUGGUGGGGGGGAGCUGCUUCGUUCCCCCCAUCUGGAAAUGAUUGUGCUAUUAUCCUUUGCUUUGCUCUGGAUGGUGGAGGGAGCCGACUGCCAGCUUCACUACACGGUGGAGGAAGAGCAGGAACAUGGCACGUUCGUGGGGAAUAUCGCCGAGGACCUGGGCUUGGACAUUACAAAACUUUCGGCCCGCCGCUUCCAGACGGUGCCCAACUCUCGGACCCCUUACCUGGACCUCAACCUAGAGACAGGGGUGCUGUACGUGAACGAGAAGAUCGACCGCGAGCAGAUCUGCAAGCAGAGCCCGUCGUGCGUGCUGCACCUGGAGGUCUUUUUGGAGAACCCGCUGGAGCUGUUCCGCGUGGAGAUCGAGGUGCUGGACAUCAACGACAACCCGCCCGCCUUCCCGGAGCCCGACCUCACCGUGGAGAUCUCCGAGAGCGCCACGCCGGGCACCCGCUUCCCCUUGGAGAGCGCCUUCGACCCGGACGUGGGCACCAAUGCGCUGCGCGACUACCAGAUCACCCCCAACAGCUACUUCUCCCUGGACGUGCAGACGCAGGGCGAUGGCAACCGCUUCGCCGAGCUGGUGCUGGAGAAGCCACUGGACCGUGAGCAGCAGGCGGUGCACCGCUACGUGCUGACGGCGGUGGACGGCGGUGGCGGAGGAGGAGGAGGUGGAGGAGGAGGCGGCGGCGGCGGCGGCGGCGGCGGGGAGGGCGCGGGCGCGAGCGCGGGGCUCCCCCCGCAGCAGCAGCGCACCGGCACGGCCCUGCUCACCAUCCGCGUGCUCGACUCCAACGACAACGUGCCCGCCUUCGACCAGCCCGUCUACACCGUGUCGCUGCCCGAGAACUCGCCCCCCGGCACGCUGGUGAUCCAGCUCAACGCCAGCGACCCCGACGAGGGCGCCAACGGCGAGGUGGUGUACGCCUUCAGCAGCCACCUGUCCCCCCGCGCGCGCGAGCUCUUCGGGCUGUCUCCGCGCAGCGGGCGGCUGGAGGUGAGCGGGGAGCUGGACUACGAAGAGAGCCCCGUGCACCAGGUGUACGUGCAGGCCAAAGAUCUGGGCCCCAACGCCGUGCCCGCGCACUGCAAGGUGCUGGUGCGCGUGUUGGACGCCAACGACAACGCGCCCGAAAUCAGCUUCAGCACCGUCAAGGAGGCCGUGAGCGAGGGCGCGGCGCCGGGCACCGUGGUGGCCCUGUUCAGCGUCACAGACCGCGACUCGGACGACAACGGGCAGGUGCAGUGCGAGCUGCUGGGCGACGUGCCGUUCCGACUCAAGUCGUCCUUCAAGAACUACUACACCAUCGUCACCGAGGCGCCCCUGGACCGCGAGGCGGGCGACGCCUACACGCUGACCGUGGUGGCCCGCGACGGCGGCGAGCCCUCGCUGGCCACCAGCAAGUCGAUCCGGGUGCAGGUGGCCGACGUGAACGACAACGCGCCGCGCUUCAGCCAGCCCGUCUACGACGUGUACGUGACCGAGAACAACGUGCCGGGCGCCUACAUCUACGCCGUGAGCGCCACGGACCGCGACGAGGGGGCCAACGCGCAGCUCUCCUACUCCAUCCUCGAGUGCCAGAUCCAGGGCAUGAGCGUCUACACCUACGUGUCCAUCAACUCGGAGAACGGCUACCUGUACGCGCUGCGCUCCUUCGACUACGAGCAGCUCAAGGACUUCAGCUUCCAGGUGGAGGCGCGCGACGCGGGCAGCCCGCAGGCGCUGGCGGCCAACGCCACGGUGCACAUCGUGGUGGUGGACCAGAACGACAACGCGCCCGCGCUCGUCGCGCCCCUGCCCGGCCGCAACGGCACCCCGGCGCGGGAGCCGCUACCGCGCGCCGCCGAGCCGGGCUACCUGGUGACCCGCGUGGCCGCCGUGGACGCCGACGACGGCGACAACGCGCGCCUCACCUACAGCCUGGUGCGCGGCAAUGAGCUCAACCUGUUCCGCCUCGACUGGCGCUCCGGGGAACUGCGCACCGCGCGCCGGGUGCCGGCGGGGCGCGACCCGCAGCGGCCCUACGAGCUGGUGGUGGAGGUGCGCGACCACGGGCAGCCGCCGCUGUCGUCCACCGCCACGCUGCUGGUGCCGCUGGUGGACGGCGCCGUGGAGCCGGCGGGGGCGGGCGGGCUCGGGGGGCCCGGGGAGGCGCAGCGCCCGGGACGCGCGGGGGGCGCGGGGAGCGGUGGCCUGGGCGGCCUGGGGGGCCUGGGCGGCGGCGGCAGCGGCGGCGGCGCCGAGACCUCGCUGGACCUCACGCUCAUUCUCAUCAUCGCGCUGGGCUCGGUGUCCUUCGUCUUCCUGCUGGCCAUGAUCGUGCUGGCGGUGCGCUGCCAGAAGGAGAAGAAGCUCAACAUCUACACGUGCCUGGCCGGCGACUGCUGUUGGUGCUGCUGCUGCUGCGGUGGUGGCCCGGGGGGUGGCGGCGGCGGAGGCGGCCCCGGGUCCGGGAGCGCGGGAUGCUGCGGGCGCCAGGCCCGCGCCCGCAAGAAGAAGCUCAGCAAGUCGGACAUCAUGCUGGUGCCCAGCUCCAGCGCGCCCAGCAACCCGGCGCAGGUGCCUGUUGAGGAGGCGGGUGGCUUCGGCUCGCACCAUCACAGCCAGAAUUACUGCUACCAGGUCUGCCUGACGCCUGAGUCGGCCAAGACAGACCUGAUGUUCCUGAAGCCCUGCAGCCCCGCGCGCAGCACGGACGCUGAGCACAACCCGUGCGGGGCCCUGGUCACCGGCUACAGCGACCAGCAGCCGGACAUCCUGGCCAACGGCAGCAUCCUGGCCACCGAGACUAAGCACCAGCGAGCAGAACUCAGCUAUCUAGUUGACAGACCCCGCCGAGUAAACAGUUCUGCAUUCCAGGAAGCCGACAUAGUAAGCUCUAAGGACAGUGGUCAUGGGGACAGUGAGCAGGGAGAUAGUGACCACGAUGCCACCAACCGCGGCCAGUCGGCUGGCAUGGACCUCUUCUCCAACUGCACGGAGGAAUGCAAGGCGCUGGGCCACUCGGACCGUUGCUGGAUGCCCUCCUUCGUGCCCUCCGACGGCCGCCAAGCUGCCGACUACCGCAGCAACCUGCACGUGCCAGGCAUGGACUCUGUGCCAGACACCGAGGUGUUCGAGGCUCCCGAAGCGCAGCCAGGGCCUGAGAGGUCCUUCUCCACCUUCGGCAAAGAGAAGGCGCUGCACAGCACGCUGGAGAGGAAGGAGCUGGACGGGCUGCUUAGCAGCGCCCGUGCGCCUUACAAACCGCCCUACUUGAGGAAGGUAGCGUUGAGGUGGUUUUCAGAAAGCAGGACCAAAGAGACGGUGGGCUGCAGGCAGAACUCGACGGUGGGAAAAUGAGUGGUUCUCCUGAGGAAGACAGAGAGACAGACAGACGGAGGCCUGGGGGAUAGGACGCUGGUGGGAAGGGCCAUAUGCAGCGUUGGAUGCUAUGUGGGAGACACUGGCCGGUGGGCUUGCAGUCUACUCUGACAGUUCUAGACUCUCAUGCACUCUGAGGGACUGGCUGUCGGAGGGCACACUUCUCUCGCUCUCUGGACUAGAGUGUUUCCCUUGGCUGUUGCCUACGCCCUCAGCUGAUGAUCUUGCCUCAUCUUGGCAUUGAGGCAUCAGGCUCAUCUCAUAAAUCUUGGCAGUUCUGGUAUUGCCCUUGCAAGGUGGUUUGGUGGUUGGGGGCUAGUGGUCAGAUCAUGGAGGAGAAUGGGAGAGGACAUUUCAUUCUUCUUCAUUGAUUGCCAGUGACUACCCAAAUUUCCUGGAACUCUGAGACUCCAACAGUCCCACUCAGCUCUUGCAGUACUGGUACCAUAGUCUCUGAGUAGAUGCUUGUAGCAAGGUGCUGUGGAUGGUAGAAAGGAUUAUCCUGGUUAUUCGAGGCUGUAUCAAUUGCCUUUCCUGUGAAUUGAUGGACAGACCGCACAGACAAUUUAAUAUUUUGGUGCUGCAACCAUGUUAAACUAGCAGGAGAGAAGGGUAGUCCUACCAUCGAGUCAAAGAUGGUUCUAGCUGGUCUAUCAGAUAAAGAUUAUCUAUCAUUGUCUAUCAUUGUCCUUGGUCUACGUUUUCUGGUGCAAAACAAUCUGGUAUCAUAAACCAGAAAUAAAAGAGAGCUUGCAGAUAGAUAAUGGUCAUCGUUGAUUUAGAAAAUAUAGAUUUGGGGCCUGAGCAGUGGCAUAAGUGGUAGGGCUUUGCCUUGCACUCACUGACCCACGACUUGACCCAGGUUUGAUCUCCUGGUGUCCCAUAUGGUCCCCCAAGUCAGGAGCGUUUUCUGAGCGCAUAGCUAGGAGUAACCACUGAGUGUCACCAGGUGUGGCCCAAAAAGAAAAAGAAAAUUUAGAUUUAUAGGAGUUUGAAAAGUGCUAGAGGAACUUGUAUUUGACCUAAAAUGAAUGAAUGCAACUAUGAAAGGCCCUGGGUUGAAUGUAUUGGAGAUUUUCACUGGGCUUUGAUCCUAAGAACAGAUCUGCUUAUAGGAGUGAAGCCGUCAUCUGAGAUGGGCAUUCUGAUAAGAGAUUAAUAUUUCAAUGAUGUUGGAUAAGAGGUUGUGAUUUGUUUUUCAACAUAAUUUUAAAAUAAUCUUAUUUUAAUAUGAUGCAUAGCA